UAUAUUACCUAACACCCUCGUGGCUCCUUCAUCCACAGCACUGGCCGUCUGUCAGCAAGAUGCCAGGCAAACCUGCGCCCAUCAAGAAGUCCCCAGCCAAGAAGGCUGCCGACAAGGCACCUGAGCCCGCACCCGCUCCCGUAGAGGCUCCACCUGCUGCGGAGGCUGCACCUGUGGAAGCCGCUCCCGCCGAGGCAGCUCCCGCACCCGAAGGAGUAGCAGCCCCAGCAGAGGACAGCGCUCCAGCUGCUUCUCCCGCUGCUGAAGACGAUGCCGCUGCUUCCGCUGCAGACGCCCCCGCAGACGCUGCUCCAGCAGAAGCUGCCUUAGUUGAGGAGCCACCAAAGGCCCCCACGCCCCCACCUCCUGCAGUCCCCACCAGCGCUCCUCUGGACGUAUCUGUGGAAGAUGUGAACGACUCCAGCCUCACCAUUAAAUGGCGGACACCAGAGACCAUCGGAGAUUGUGGCCUGGACGGAUACAUCGUCGAGUACUGCAAGGAUGGGACAACAGACUGGGUUGUAGCUCAGGAGGAGCUUACGGCAUCUAAUCGCUACUGCAUCAAGAAUCUGACAAACGGUGACCUGCUGCUUGUGCGCGUGGUGGCCGUUAACCCUGGUGGCCGCAGUGAACCUGGUACACUUGCUGAGCCAGUGCGGAUCCGCGAGAUUGUUGACCGUCCCAAGAUCCGCAUGCCCCGCGCCCUCAGAUCCCGCUACGUCAAGCAGGUUGGAGAACAGAUAAACCUGGUCAUCCCCUUUCUUGGAAAGCCCAAACCUGCUGUGUCCUGGCUUAAGGACGGUCAGCCUUUGGAUACAAAGAGGGUCAACAUCAGGAACAGCGACAAGGACAGCAUCCUGUUUAUCCGCACCGCUCAGAGGGAGGACUCUGGUGUUUACGAGAUGACUGUGAAAGUGGACAGCUUUGAAGACAAAGCCACUGUCACCCUUCAGAUUGUGGAGCUGCCCGGCCCUCCUGCCAGUGUGAAGCUGGUGGACACCUGGGGCUUCAAUGCUGCUCUGGAAUGGACCCCUCCCAAGGAUAAUGGCAACACAGAGAUCACUGGAUACACCAUCCAGAAGGCCGACCAAAAGACUGGGGAGUGGUUCACGGUGCUGGAGCACUACCACAGGCUAACUGCCACCGUCUCCGACCUCAUCAUGGGCAACUCGUACUGCUUCAGAGUGUUCGCUGAGAACAAAGUGGGCAUCAGCGAAAUGAGCACCGUUACCAAGGACGUGGCCACCAUCCAGAAGACAGGUAUUGUCUACAAGCCUCCUGAGUACCAGGAGCACGACUUCAGCGAGGCACCCAAGUUCACCACAACCCUCUGUGACCGCGCUGCCACUGUGGGAUAUACCACCAAGCUUCUGUGUUCUGUUCGUGGAUGCCCCAAGCCUAAGAUUGAGUGGUUGAAGAAUCAGAUGGUCAUCGGUGACGACCCCAAGUUUCGGCAGAUCUCUAACCAGGGCAUUUGCUCCCUCGAGAUCCGUAAGCCCUGCAGCUUCGAUGGCGGCGUGUACACCUGCAGAGCCAAGAACGCCCAAGGAGAGGCCACUGUCUCCUGCAAACUGGAGGUCAAACAGAUUAUUCUUCCAGAGGCAGAUAAGGAGAAGGGCAAAUAAACUGACACCCAGACCUCCAGAGAGUGUUUGAAGAUAUGGAGAAAACAUUGUGGCUGGAUGUGCAGCAGUGUGUACAUAAUGAAGAAGGGGACAGAACAACAUACCAACAUAUCCAUUUCCUCCCCCACACACACCCAGACUCACCCACUCCUUCCAGUAUGCGGGGAAGACCCAUGCCACCCAAACCAUCCCAGUUUGCCAAAUGUUACAUGUCAUUUUAGCUGCUGAGUUCAAUGUCAGGCUAUAUUUGCCAUUGUUUUUCUCUGCCUGUGCCCAUGUGCUGUUUGUUGUAGUAUGUGUAUGUACUACCUAAUAAAACAGUCAAUCCUUGGACAUGCUAAUGCAA